CGGAUCUGCCUCAGUGACCACUUCAAGCCCCUCUGGGCCAGGAAUGUCCCCAAAUUUGGGUUGGCGCACCUGAUGGCACUGGGGGGCUCCGGCCGCCGGUACUCUCUGACUGGCCGCUCGCCGCCGGGGCCUGUGAGAGAGGCUCCCGGCCGUCCCCGCCAUGCCGCAGGCGUCGGAGCACCGCCUUGGCCGUGCCAGGGACCACGGCGUCGUCACCUCGCAGCCCAAGGCUGCCGCCAAGCUGCCCAGCGGGCACCGGGCCCUCAGCCAGGAGCGCCACGCGGCCGCCCUGGCCGCCGCCGCCACCAACGGCCUCUCCCCGGCACCCAAGCUCCGGUUGCUGCCGCCGCGGCCCGGCACACUGGAUGACCGCGGCAAGAAGUUGGAGCUGGAUCGCGGCCGGGCCUCGAAGCGCUCGGAGGCUCUGCGCGGUGCUGCGGGCCGGCGCGGGCCGGUGAAGGCGGAUCAUGCCGUGCGGGUGCCCGGUUCGCCACAGGCAGGCGCCGUGCCGGGCAGCGCUUCUUUCUCCCUGCCCGCCGGGGCCUCGCUGGCCGGGCGCGAGGCAGAACGCCGGCGGAGCAACCUGGCCCGCUCCAAAUCCAUCAGCAUCGGGGACCUGAGCCAAGGCGGUGGCGGCCGCCCUGAGGACGUGGCGGCGGUGCUGAGCCGGCUGGUGCUGAGGGACUGCGGCCACCAGCUGAGCGCCGGCUCGCUGGCGCUCCGGAGGAGCUCCUCGCUCCGCAGGGUCAACGUCUCGCCAGGGCUGGAUGGGAAGCCGGCUGCCCCGCUGCUCUCCGUCCGGCCCGAGGGCUGCGCGAGGACUCGAACCGACCCCCUGUGCACCCACAGCCCCGGCGUCCCGGCACCCGGCAGCCCUCCUCGCGGCAGAGCCCCGGCACCCGGCAGGACCGAGGAGAAGGCGGCAGCCACCCAUCACACGCUGCUGCUCGGCUCCGGCCACGUCGGCCUCAGGAACCUGGGCAACACGUGCUUCAUGAACGCUGUGCUGCAGUGCCUGAGCAGCACCAAACCGCUGCGGGAUUACUGCCUGCGCCGCGACUUCCAGCAGGAGCAGCCGCCCGGUUCCCGUGCGCCGCAGGAGCUCACCGAAGCCUUCGCCGACGUCAUCGCCGCCCUCUGGCACCCGGAUUCCUCCGAGCCCGUCAACCCCACGCACUUCAAGGCCGUGUUCCAGAAAUAUGUCCCUUCCUUCACCGGGUACAGCCAGCAGGACGCGCAGGAAUUCCUCAAGUUCUUCAUGGACCGGCUGCACGUGGAGAUCAACCGGAAAGGCCGCAGGACCCCCAGCAUCCUCUCAGACGCGCGGCGGACCCCGGCCUUGGAGGACCCCGAGACGCUGAGCGACGAGGAACGCGCCAACCAGAUGUGGAAGCGCUACCUGGAGCGGGAGGACAGCAAGAUCGUGGAUCUCUUCGUGGGGCAGCUGAAGAGUUGCCUCAAGUGCCAGGCCUGCGGCUACCGCUCCACCACCUUCGAGGUCUUCUGCGAUCUCUCCCUGCCCAUCCCAAAGAAGAGCUUUGCCGGCGGCAAGGUCUCGCUCCACGACUGCUUCAGCCUCUUCACCAAAGAAGAGGAGCUGGACUCGGAGAACGCCCCGGUCUGCGACAAGUGCCGGCAGCGGACGCGGAGCACGAAGAAGCUGACCAUCCAGCGCUUCCCUCGCAUCUUGGUGCUCCACCUGAACCGGUUUUCCACCACGCGCUACUCCAUCAAGAAGUGCUCGGUCUUCGUGGACUUCCCAUUGCAGCAGCUCAACCUGCGGGAAUUCGCCAGCGAGAAGGCGGGUGAGCCGUGGCGGGGGGCGCGCGGGGGGAACGGGUGGCAGCUCCCGCCACCCCCAGGGCAGCGUCCAGCCCGGCCUCCCGCCGCAGGCAGCCCCGUCUACAGCCUCUACGCCCUCUGCAACCACUCGGGCAGCGUCCACUACGGCCACUACACCGCCUUCUGCCGCGACGCCGCCGGCUGGCGCCUCUACAACGACUCCCGCGUCUCGCCCAUCAGCGAGAACCAAGUCCCGUCCAGCGAGGGUUACGUCCUCUUCUACGAGCUGGAGGAGCCGCCGGGACGCCGGCCCUGAGCGCCCCCGGCCCCGCCGCGGGACCCCCCCCCCACCCCCGGGCCCCGCUGCCCUCGGCCGCCUUU